AUGGCAAAACUAAAAAUAGAUUUCAGUCAAAUCUUCCAUCCAUAUACGUUGACAAUAUGUUUAGUUCUUUCAUUCUUUCAACGGAAAGAAAAAGUGAACAGAAAACUUCAUAAAUCAAUUGAAAUGAAGUUGCUUUGCAACAUCAUCUGUCACCUUAGCAAGCUUUGUCUGACCGACAUGACAUCAUUUAUUAAAAAACACACUUGUAUAAGUUGA